AUGCUGUACAAUGAAGAAACUAUACAUGAAAUUAGGUCAAGAGGAAGCUAUUCAUUAUCUCGUUCGAAAACAAAUCAAAGUGAAUUAUCUAAAAUUAUAUCAGGUAUUAAAGACGACCAACAAUUAGACGAAGAAAAUAAAAAUUAUGUUGGAACCGGAGAAUCUGAAUUUAUACUAGCUGAAGAAUUGAAUAAAUUCACAAGUCGUGGGAAUAUUAGUAAACAACAAUCGCAAGUAGAUUUAGAACAGUCUUCAGUUGAGGAAAAGGUCAUUGAUGAUGAUAAAAAUUUAGACAAAGGGUUUGCUUGGGUGAUUGCAAUUUGUUCAAUGCUUGCAAUGAUAUCCACUUGGGGUGCUAACAGUAGUUAUGGGGUGCUAUUACUGUAUUUCAUGAAUGAGAAUGUAUUUCCAGAAGCAACAAAGUAUGAUUAUGCUUUAGUGGGAAGUAUAGUUGUUUUUUUAGCUAAUUUUUUAUCUCCAAUAUCAACAAUAGCUUAUAAAAUCUUUGGUUUCAAAGCUGUUGCUUUCUUUGGAUUAUGCUUUCAAUGUUUAGGUUGGUUUGGUGCUAGUGGAGCUACAAAGAUUUGGCAACUUUAUUUAUCAGAAGGUGUAGCAGUUGGUAUAAGUUUUAGUUUUAUUUUCAUUCCUGCAACAUUAGUAUUACCAACAUGGUUUCAUCGUAGGAAAGCAGCAUCAUUUGGGAUUUGUAUUUCUGGUGCAGGUUUAGGUGGUCUUAUAUUUUCAUUAGCUAUUAACAAAGUAAUCGAAGAGGAUACUCAUAAUCAAGCUAUGAGAAUGGUUGGAUAUGUAACCUUAUUUUGUGUUUUAAUUGUGAUACUUGUAAUGAAUCCAAGAAACUACAAUCCACCUCCUUUAAAAGAGAGAUUAAGUAGAACGUUUAUAAUGGAAUCAUGUAAAGCUAUUUUUGAUACUAGUGUUUUGAAAAACUGGGGUAUUAUAAUUAUUGCGAUUUGGUUUAGCAUUGCCCUUAUGGGUUAUACAUUGAUGAUAUUCUCAUUAUCUGCAUAUGGUUCAAGUAUCGGUCUUAACCAUAGUCAAUCAACUAAUUUAAUAGCGGCUCUACUGGCUGCACAAGUCGUUGGAAGAAUUGGUAUGGGUUUUACUGCAGAUUUCAUGGGUAGAUGUAACGCCACUAGUAUGUUUUGUUUAAUCAAUUUUAUUUUAUUAUUUGCAUAUUGGAUAAAUGCAAGAACUUAUGGAAGUGUGCUUGGGUUUGCAGUAUUAAUAGGAUUAGUAAUUGGUAUUGGUUCAACAAUGGCUCAACCAUUAGCUGCAGAUGCAUUACAAGAGAAAUUUUAUCAAUUACCUUCUGCUUGGGCUUGGAUUAAUGUUACUGUUAGUUUUUUCUGUUUGGUUGCCGAAUGUAUUGCAUUAGCUUUAGUUAGAUCAAAUAGUAACAGACCAUAUUUACACACGCAAAUUUUUGCUGGAUGUUGCUUUUUUGCUAGUUUUAUCUUGAUGCUUUUAUUAAGAGAAUUUUUAGUACGAAAAUUAUUACAAAAAAGAUUAGCUUCAUCAUUAGAGAGAUUAAACUAUAUUAGAAACGGCGAAGCUACAAAAAGUGGAUAUUUGAAAGAAAGAGACGAAGAGAUAAGCGAAGAAGAGGAGGACUUACUUGAAAAUAGAAUUGAUCGAUAUGAUACUUUGUUACUGUCAAGUUUAUCAUCGUUCUUUUUCCGUAUUGGAUAUCCAGUUAAAUUAUAG